AAGCUGUUUAUGUUUUUGCAAGGCCACCCUUUAACUCAGCCGCCUGAUGACCAUAAUGGGACCAAUUGUCUGAAUGCUGCAGGGAACUGAAUCUCCUGAUCACAGAGACUGUAUUUCAGCCUCUGAUGCUCCUGAAUGGACAUUAUGGAACACUACAGUGUGCAGGGUAGAAGGGAUCGGGACCCAUAUGUCAAUGGUCUAGGAUGGCCAGUGAAGGCUCCAACAUCCCAAGUCCUGUGGUGCGACAGAUUGACAAACAGUUUCUGAUUUGCAGCAUAUGCCUGGAACGUUACAAGAACCCCAAAGUACUUCCCUGUCUGCACACUUUCUGUGAGAGGUGCUUGCAGAAUUACAUUCCAGCCCACAGUUUAACCCUUUCUUGCCCAGUGUGCCGCCAGACCUCCAUUCUGCCAGAGAAAGGGGUUUCUGCACUCCAGAACAACUUCUUUAUCACUAACCUGAUGGAUGUCCUGCAGCGAACACCAGAAAAUAGCAUUGAAGAGUCCUCCAUCUUGGAGACUGUCACAGCUGUUGCUGCAGGAAAACCUCUCUCCUGCCCCAACCAUGAUGGAAAUGUGAUGGAAUUUUACUGCCAAUCUUGUGAGACAGCCAUGUGCCGGGAAUGUACAGAGGGAGAACAUGCAGAACACCCCACUGUACCUCUCAAGGAUGUGGUAGAACAACACAAGGCUUCACUACAAGUCCAGCUGGAUGCUGUCAACAAAAGACUUCCAGAGAUAGAUUCUGCACUUCACUUCAUAUCUGAAAUUAUACGUCAGUUAGCCAACCAAAAGGCUAGCAUUGUAGAUGACAUUCAUUCCACUUUUGAUGAACUACAGAAGACUUUAAAUGUGCGAAAGAGUGUGUUGCUUAUGGAACUGGAAGUGAAUUAUGGCCUUAAACACAAAGUCCUACAGACACAGCUGGAUACCCUGCUUGAAGGACAGGAGAGUAUUAAGAGUUGCAGCAACUUUACAGCCCAAGCACUCAACCAUGGCACUGAAACUGAAGUUUUACUGGUUAAGAAGCAAAUGAGUGACAAGCUGAAUGAGCUGGCUGACCAGGACUUCCCACUGCAGCCCCGUGAAAAUGACCAGCUGGACUUCAUAGUAGAAACAGAAGGACUGAAGAAAUCCAUUCACAACCUGGGUACUAUUUUAACCACUAAUGCCGUAGCAUCUGAAACAGUUGCCACAGGUGAGGGGCUGAGGCAAACUGUGAUUGGACAGCCUAUGUCAGUUACCAUAACAACCAAGGACAAAGAUGGGGAGCUCUGUAAAUCUGGGAAUGCUUACCUCACUGCUGAACUGAGCACACCUGAUGGGAGUGUGGCGGAUGGAGAAAUACUUGACAAUAAAAACGGCACUUAUGAAUUUUUGUAUACUGUUCAGAAAGAAGGGGACUUUACUCUCUCACUGAGACUUUAUGAUCAGCAUAUCAGGGGCAGUCCAUUUAAACUUAAAGUGAUCAGAUCAGCAGACGUGUCCCCUACUACCGAAGGAGUUAAGAGGCGUGUUAAGUCUCCUGGCAGUGGCCAUGUGAAGCAGAAAGCUGUGAAAAGACCAGCUAGUAUGUACAGCACUGGCAAAAGAAAAGAGAAUCCUAUUGAAGACGACUUGAUCUUCAGAGUGGGUACCAAAGGAAGAAACAAAGGGGAAUUUACAAAUCUUCAGGGGGUAGCUGCAUCUACAAAUGGAAAAAUAUUAAUUGCAGACAGUAACAACCAGUGUGUACAGAUAUUUUCCAAUGAUGGCCAGUUCAAAAGUCGUUUUGGUAUACGAGGAAGGUCUCCUGGCCAGUUGCAGAGGCCUACAGGAGUGGCUGUGCAUCCUAGUGGUGACAUCAUUAUUGCAGACUAUGAUAACAAAUGGGUUAGCAUAUUUUCAUCAGAUGGAAAAUUUAAGGCAAAAAUUGGAUCUGGAAAACUUAUGGGACCAAAAGGUGUUUCCGUGGAUCGUAAUGGGCACAUCAUUGUUGUGGACAACAAAGCAUGUUGUGUAUUUAUCUUCCAGCCAAAUGGAAAAAUAGUAACCAGGUUUGGUAGCCGAGGAAAUGGGGACAAGCAGUUUGCAGGUCCUCAUUUUGCAGCUGUAAACAGCAACAAUGAAAUCAUUGUUACAGAUUUCCAUAACCAUUCUGUCAAGGUAUAUAACCAGGAAGGAGAAUUCAUGUUGAAGUUUGGAUCUAAUGGAGAAGGCAAUGGACAGUUUAAUGCUCCAACAGGAGUAGCUGUAGAUUCUAAUGGAAAUAUUAUUGUAGCAGAUUGGGGAAACAGUCGAAUACAGGUUUUUGAUGGAAGCGGAUCUUUUUUAUCCUACAUUAACACAUCUGCUGACCCACUUUAUGGUCCCCAAGGUCUGGCGCUAACUUCAGAUGGCCAUGUUGUAGUUGCAGACUCUGGAAAUCACUGCUUCAAGGUCUAUCGAUACUUACAGUAACAAUGGGCUCUGGAGCUGCCUGGCCCUUAACAAACGACUGGUCCCAGAGAUCCUUAAUCGAUCUCUCUGUGGAGGAUGUGUACUUUAAUUAAUUACUUUUUAAUGUUGAAGGAGUCUCCAGUGGACUUUUCAUGUUUAUUUCCAAACUUACCUUGUUUACAUAGGACUUGCACUUCUUAUGUUCCUCAUUGAAUUUAUUGUACGGGUUAAUAAACAAAACCCUCCUUUGCUGAAUUCAUUAGGACAAUGAAAUAUUAAACAUGUAAACUGCAGCUUGUGGAACGGGAAUUUAAGUAGUUGACUAAUUUUGCAAAUAAAAUAAA